AUGGGCUUUCAGGUAGCACUUCUGAUACUGAGAGGGGUUAUUUCUGCUGUUGGAGUCGUGGGCAACGUAGUGUUAAUCCAAGCGCUCCUGAAGCUGCCUCGGCUUAAGACGUUCGAGAUCUUCCUGUUGGGGCUCGCGUUCUCCAACGUGGAGGAGAUCUUGAUCGUGGACAUCUACGACAUCACCAUACUUCUGCUGUCCCGGUCGCAGAUCAACGUCUGGUCGUGCCGCACGCUGAAGUUCCUCACCAUCCUCGGGGAGGUGGGCAGCAUCGCGUUCACCGUGCUCAUCAGCGUCUACCGCUACCAGAAGCUCCGAGACGCCGAGCGGCGCGCGAACAAGCCGAUCCUCAUGGACAGCACGCGCUCGGCGUACGCCUUCUGCGGCGGGAGCCUGCUGCUCGCCCUCCUCCUCGCCGCGCCCACCUACGGCACCAACCUGGACGGGCACAUGAACAACCUGACCUACAAUGCCAGCUGCCCGCCUGACUUCUUCCAGUGCCCCGAGGAUAACUGCCCCCGGCUCAACCGCCUGUACAAGUACCUGUUCAUCCUGCUGUGCAACCUCCUGCCCCUGCUCGUGGUCACGUGGACCAGCUGUCUCGUCGUCAGGGUCCUGGUGAGACAGCACCGGGCCGUGAGGGCUCGCCACGCCGCCGGGCAGACGCAGUCGCGGUCGCAGCAGCAGCAGCAACCCAAGCGUCUCCGCUUCCGGCAGAGCACCGUCGCCAUCCUGACGGCCAUGUUGGUUUUCCAGGUGGACUGGACGUUGUAUCUGGUGCUCCAGCUGGCUUCCAGCCCGUACACCUUCAGCGCCUGGUCUGAGGUGGAGUUCUUCAUCACCACGUCCUACACCACCAUCAGCCCAUACGUGUACGGGAUGGGAAAUAACCUCUUCUCCUUUAAGACUUUUAGGUGUGAGGGGAAAUAA